AUGCUAUCUUUCUCAUCAGCUCAAGGAUAUCUACAAUUUCAAGUAGAGGGAGGUCAAAAGCAAAGAGUUGCAAUUGGAAGAGCAAUUUUGAAAGAUCCAAAAAUAUUACUUCUUGAUGAAGCUACAAGUGCCCUUGAUGCCGAGUGUGCAUGUAUUGAUACUAACUUGUGCAUUUGUAUGUUCUUUUUAAACCUUGGUGAUUUCCUUGUGCAGAAACUAGGGGAAGGUGUGAAAGGGGUGUAUAUCUCGAUAGACGUGGAUUGUCUUGAUCCUGCAUUUGCUCCGGGAGUGUCUCAUAUUGAACCGGGAGGUCUUUCUUUCCGCGAUGUUCUUAACAUCCUACACAAUCUUCAAGGUGAUGUUGUUGCUGGAGACGUCGUUGAACUCAACCCACAACGCGAUACUGUUGAUGGAAUGACUGCUAUGGUAGCUGCUAAGUUGGUCAGAGAAAUGGCUGCAAAGAUUGCAAAAUGA